GCGCGAUGGUCGCAAGAUGGCGGCGCUGAAGGAGGCUCGGAGCUACGGGCUGUCGUGCGGGCGGGUCAGCGACGGCAGCCGGGUGUCGGUGUUUCACGUGAAGCUCACCGACAGCGCACUGAGAGCCUUCGAGAGCUACCGCGCCUGCCAGGGCACCUCGUCGCUGAGACCGUCCAUCCAAUUUCAAGGAAGCCAGGGGCACAUCUGCAUCCCGCAGCCCGAUGGCGCCACCGAGUCGCGCACCUUCUCCUUCUACCUCACCAACGUGGGCCGCGACGGCCCGCAGGGCAGCUUCGACUGCAUCCAGCAGUAUGUGUCCAGCCACGGGGACGAGCAGCUGGACUACCUGGGCAGCGUCCAGGACAAGAUCACGGUGUGCGCCACCGAUGACUCCUACCAGAAGGCGCGGCAGAGCCUGGCACAGGCCGAGGAGGAGACGCGCAGCCGCAGUGCCAUCGUCAUCAAGCCGGGGGGCCGCUACCUAGGUAAGAGGGUGCAGUUCCGGAAACCGGCACCGGGGGCUACGGAGGCCGUGCCCUCCCGCAAGCGUGCGACCCCCAUCAGCCUGGCGAGUGCCGUGCGGCGGGGCGGGGCCGGCAGCGUGGCACACAGGCCCUUUCGGGACCGGGUGCUGCACCUGCUGGCCCUGAGGCCCUACCGCAAGGCGGAGCUGCUGCUGCGGCUGCAGAGGGAUGGGCUGGCCGCCGCCGACAGGGACGCCCUGGACGGCCUCCUGCAGCAGCUGGCCAAUGUAGAUGCCCGGGACGGUGCAUGCACCCUCAAGGACAGCGUCUACAGGGACGUACAGCGCGACUGGCCCGGCUACUCGGAGGGCGACCAGCAACUGCUGAAGCGCGUGCUGGUCAGGAAGCUGCUGCAGCCGCAAGGGGCCGGAGCACUCUCUGGAGAGUCUGCCAGCACCAGCCCUUCAAGGGAGCAUGACCGCUCAGCCUCACCCCUGCAGAAACGGCCGCCGCCUCCCGACUUCAUCGACCCCCUGGCCCCCAAGAAGCCCCGGAUCUCACACUUCACCCAGAGAACCCAGCCCAUCGCCAACGGGAAGCUGAGUGCGCCCCACAGCCGGGAGGCCCUGCUGCCCACCCCAGGCCCGCUGGCCACCAUGGACACCCCCCUGCCCCCUCGGCUGGAGCCCCCGCGCGCCCACGACCCCCUGGCUGACGUCAGCAAUGACCUGGGCCACAGUGGCCGGGACUGUGAGCGGCGGGAAGUGGCCGGUCCGGCCCCAUCGGCGCCCCCAGCCUGUGCGUCGCCCAGCCGCGCACUCGGCCCUGCACGCAGCAAGGCCAAGAAGCGAUCCAAGAAGCACAGGCUCAGGGAGCGGGAGGUGGAGGCGCAGCCCCACGCCCAACCACCGGCCCUGGCGCCCGACGCCCCGGGGCUCAACGGGACCUGCAGCAGCUCCAAUGUCCCUACCCCCACGUCCACCUCGGAGACCCCCGACUACCUGCUGAAGUACGCGCCCAUCGUGAGCUCUGAGCAGCGGCAGAGCUACAAGAACGACUUCAACGCCGAGUACACGGAGUACCGGGGCCUGCACGCCCGCAUCGAGCAUGUCACACGGCGCUUCACGCAGCUCGACGCGCAGCUACGCCAGCUCACGCAGGGCUCCACCGAGUACGAGACCACCCGGGGCCAGAUCUUGCAGGAGUAUCGAAAGAUCAAGAAGACCAACACCAACUACAGCCAGGAGAAGCGGCGCUGCGAGUACCUGCACAGCAAGCUGGCACACAUCAAACGCCUUAUCGCCGAGUACGACCAGCGGCAGCUGCACGCCUGGCCCUAGCCCCGGCCCCGGCCCGCAGCGCACAGCGGGCGGGACCCGCAGGAGGCCCUGCCAGAAGAAACACAGGCAGGCACGUUCCUCGGAGCCGGUCCGGACCCCGCCGAGAUCAGGUGGUGCAGCUGGCCGCCCCUGCCGGCCUCGCCCUGCUGGGCCCCUGCUAGCUGCCCCCGGCCCCUCCCUUCAUAGACUCGCCCCUUCCCGCCCAGCCUGUGAGACUCUAUUUUUGUAUGGAAGAGACGCCCCUUUUUUUAACAUCCUCCCCCCAGACGCCUGCGCCCCUGCAGUGAGAGAAGGCGCCCACCUCCCCCGGCCUGGCCGGGGGCGCUGGCGAGGGGGCUGGGCGGCUGGACGUCCGGGCUAUUUCAGGGCCCCAGCUGGCACCGAGGCGGCUGCCCGGCUGCUAUUCUGGGCGCCCCACUGCCAGCUGCUGCCGUCGCCGCUGCACCGCUGCUGCUCGUGGGCCGUAUGCGUGUCCGCGGCCUCGCUGUACGCACUCAGGGAGGGCCGGGCCCGGACCAGCUCACGGACACCCCAAUGCUGCUUAGUUGCUGUGCCUAGUCUUAGAUUCCGCCGGUCAGGGCGGCGCGUGUGCUGGGGUGCGCAUGCAUGAGCGCUGCCGGUCAGGCCUGGCGCCUGCGUGUCCCCACGCACCGGGCCGAGGUCUGGGUCGCGUUCAGGGCCACAUGUGUGGCUGAGGAGACAAGUGGGGGGAGCGGAAGUGCCCACAGAGCUGCUGUUUUUCCUCUGCCACCCUGGGGAGUGAUCCCCCGAAGAGCUUUCCAAAGAGUUGAGGCACCCCAGCUGCUCACUGUGUGCAGGGCCGGGUGGGCUGGGCCCCUCCCUCCCCAGACGGGAGAAAUGCAGGCAAUGGAUCCGUGAUGUUUCAGAGUAUUGCGUGUUUCGGACUGUCGGGGCCCACCCCAGCUCCCCGCGCUGCCAGCAGGGGUUUUCCUCCUCCGAAGGAAUCCCCAGGCCCGAGGGGGCACGGGGUCUCUGCCGGGCCUCCCCGGCCCCUCGGGCUGUGGAGAGAAACUUUGAGCCAUGGAGUUGGUGUUUACAGGAACUUUUCACUUUUGCCAAAAUGUUACAAUUGAAAAGCAGCCGGACUUCAAUCCCUGAUAUUUUCUUACCAGAGCCAGUGUCCUUUUUGUAUGCGGAACCGGCCAACGCUGACUUUUCAACCCACAAUAAAUGUCCCCGAAC